AUGGGUCUGGGCAUUCUCGAAGACCGGGUCAUGAGCCACGUUCCCGGCACCACCCGUUACUUUGACGACCCUCAGCGGCCCCAGAUCGCCCACGACGGCGCACCUGGUCUCAAGUGCGACUACAGCGGCGGCGUGCCCAUCAUCUUGAUCCCGCAGCCGUCGGACGACCCGAAUGACCCGCUGAACUGGCCGCUCUGGCGUCGCGACCUCAUCUGCUUCAUCCUCUCGGUCUCCGCCAUCUUUGCCACCGCCCUCGGUCCGAUCCUGGCCGCCAACACCAUCACGCUCUCGCUCUGGUUCGAGGUCGACUUCACUAAGGUCGCCCUGUUGACCGGCUACUUCCUCCUCGGCGUCGGCUUUGCCGGCACCUUUUUCGUGCCCUCGAGCCGCAUCUGGGGCAAGCGCCAUGCCUUCAUCUUCGGCAUCUGCCUCCUCAUCGCCAGCAGCGUCUGGGCCGGCUCCGUCAACCGCAACUACACCAGCAUGCUGUGGGCGCGCAUCAUCCAAGGCGUCGGUGCUGCCCCGUUCGAGGCGCUCGUCAAUGCGUCUGUCGGCGACCUGUACUUUGUCCAUCAACGCGGAAAACGGAUGGCCUUUACCAAUCUCGCCGUCUUUGGGGGCUCCUUUUUUACCCCGAUUCUCGUCGGCAAGAUCACCCACACAAUCUAUUGGUGGUGGACCUUUUACCUGGUCGCCAUCUUCUGCGGCGCCUGUCUGCCGGCCAUCAUCCUCUUCUGCCCUGAGACGGCUUUCAACCGUGACGCCGCCCUCAACACCGACACGGCCGACACCGAUGUCAUUGGCGCAGACGCUUCGCGCGUGGUCCAAGUCGACGCAGACGGUGCUGCGGCUAUGGCGAUGGCUGAUGGCGCAAACAAGGACGAGAUCGACCCAUCUGACCCGUGCGACUCGUCUGGCAACGACGAAGAAAAGGCAGCAGCAGAGGCGACGGCUGGCCGCAGCGGUGCCAUCCCGGCCAAGAAGACCUGGCUGCAGAACCUGGCUCCCUUUGACGGGCGCAAGUCGGACGAGAACUUUAUCAAGCUGCUGCUACGACCGUUUCCACUCUUCCUGCAGCCGGCCUUUCUCUGGGCCAGCCUGACGCAGGGCACGCUCAUCGGCUGGACCGUCUUUAUCGGCGUCAUCAUGGCCCAGUUCUUCCUCGGAUAUCCUCUGUGGUGGGACGAGGUCAAGACCGGCUACGCGUACACGGGCGCCUUUCUGGGCGCCGUCCUGGGCUUCAUCAUCGCCGGCUUGCUGGCUGACUGGAGCGCCAAGUUCUUGACUCGGCGCAACAAGGGAAUCUACGAGCCCGAGUUCCGCCUCGUGCUCGUCAUCCCGCAGCUCGUCUUUGGCGUCAUGGGGCUGUACGGCUUCGGCAUCACCAUUGACGGCAUGAUGAAGCUCAAGUACCACUGGUCGGUGCCGCUCGUCUUCUUCGGCUUCGAGGUCUGCGGCAUGAUCAUCGGUGCCGUCGCCAGCAGUCUGUACAUUGUUGAUGCAUACCGUGAUCUUGCCAUUGAGGGCUUCACGUGUCUCAUCAUCUUCAAGAACUUCUUUAGCUACGGCCUAACGUACAAGGCCUACGAUUGGCUGGAGGAGAACGGUUCUCGUGGCCGGCCGGUGUUCAACGCCCUGGGAAGCGUACAGCUGGUCAUCUGUCUGUUAGCCAUUCCGAUGUACGUGUUUGGCAAACGCAACCGAAGCUUUUUCCACCGUCACGACCUGUUGAAGAUGUUCGGGCUCCGAUAG